AUACUGGAUAUUGUUUGUGACUUUUCUUUCCAAAGCUCUGGGGAAGAGAAGCAGAAUGAUUGUUAUCUGGUAUAUGGAAAAAAUGGCUUUAAAAUAUAGAGACUUAUGUAUUUUAGACAAGUCGGAAGGAAGAUGAAAAGUAUGAAGCUUGAAAUGAACAUGGUAUUUGGGGGAAAGUUUAUUUUGAAUACAGUGGUAGUGGUGGUGCUUGCUGGAAUAGGUGACAGAUAGGAUAUAAGAAUUGAAGAAGAAGAAGAAGAAGAAGGAAGAAGAAAUCCAAGAUAAUUCGUAAGUUUUGAGUGUACAGGAUCAGGAGAACUAUUGUCAGGAUUUGGUUAAGGUGAAAGAGUUUCAUCUUUAAUGAGUUUGAAAUGAGGAAGCACAUUCAUGUGAAAACAGCAGCAUACGCCAGGCUCAGAAUCAGAUCUACUCAGGGUAUGGUGGGUGAAACAACUGUGAUGCUCUCAAAUUAUUCACAAAAGUCAAACCAUUCCUUACCUGUAUAAAAGUAUUUUUCUAUUUUCCUUUUUAGGAAAGGAAAACUUAACAUUAUUAAGGAAAAAAUCAGACUCAGAUUGUUAUCCUUGUAAAAGAGGGCUUGGUUUAGUUUAAUUCUUAUUUCUGACUUUUUCCUGUUCCUGCAUCAUAUGAGUUCUGACAUCUGGUUUGCUCUAGACAAUCUCACUCUGAAGGCUCUAACAACCUCCCAAGCUAUGCUACAUUUUCUUUCCCACCUAAUGGCCACCUAAUGUGAAUAGGAGGUCUUUGUUUAGUGGAACAGAUUCCACAUUGCCCUAUCUUCUCUGAAAAAGGUAGACCUUUACCUUUGAAACUGCCACAAUGCUGAGUUAGGACAAAAAGAUUCAUUCGUGCAAAAUGCAUCUCAAAUUAUUGUAAGUUCCUAAAAUGAGAUCCCAGCCUGGGCAGAGGAUUGUUAUGCAAAGAGCUUGUCCUGCCACCCAAAUAUUUUGGGAAUUGUGCUUCCUUUAGAUCUCUCAAAGGGUAGAGGGGCUUUUCUGGCUUGGGAGAUAAAAAUUUAAACCUAUGCCUCAAUGGGAAAAAAAUGGACUCUUGUAACAUCUUGCAGCAUUAUUAAAAUGAAACAAAGAUCUAGAUGGAUAACUAUGAUUUGUUCUCACUCAGCUCUACAUCACCAUGAUCCCUAAAGUCUCUUGCAGCUCAGAAACUCCAUGAAGCUACCCUAAAUAUUUUUUCAAACAUGGAAAUCAUCUAGAAAUCCCCAGCUGCUAUAAGUAACCUUUUCUAGUGAUCUGAUAAAUAGGUCCUUUGUCCUUAAAUUUUAAAUUCCAGUUUAGAAAUCCAUGCAUGUGGUUCAGAAUCUUACAUUUAUUAAAAUGGAAACUGCUUGGAAGUGGCUUUUACCUAAGGAAUAUGGCAUGCAUAUGUCCAUGUUACUGACUUCCUGCCAAAAUACUGCGUCCUUAGGCACUCUCCUGUGCAUUCUCUAUUGCUUACAUUUUGUCAGACAUUUCUUUGUGAAUGCAAAGAAUAUGAGACCAGUACCUAGCCUCCUGUACUGCUUAUCCUAGGUUUCCACAAAACUCACUUCGAAUUCUUGAGUGCUUUGCAGUCAACAGUUAGCAUUACCUGAGGCUUUGCCUGAAUGUUUCCUCAGUGUCACUUUUAGUCUUGCAGAAAGUUUCAGAUGUCCUUAGUUCUAUUUAGGCUGUGCAAAUAGACAUCUAUGGGGUUUGGUUCUGAUUGAUGGUUCCUAGUCACAGGGCACCUUACUCACUGGUGAGUUAUUCAAACCCCAAAAGUCACACCUGUGUCCUGUGCACGGGUGCUACAGGCUUAGGUGGAGAAAAGCAGGGCUAGAAUUGGAACCCAAAGCCCAGAAUGGCAGGAGAGGAUGUGGGGGCUCCACCCGAUCACCUCUGGGUUCACCAAGAGGGUAUCUACCGCGACGAAUACCAGCGCACAUGGGUGGCCGUUGUGGAAGAGGAGACAAGUUUCCUAAGGGCACGAGUCCAGCAAAUUCAGGUUCCCUUAGGUAAUGCAGCUAGGCCAAGUCAUCUUCUAACCUCCCAGCUACCUCUCAUGUGGCAACUCUACCCAGAGGAGCGCUACAUGGAUAACAACUCUCGCUUGUGGCAGAUACAGCAUCAUUUAAUGGUCAGGGGAGUUCAGGAGCUGUUGCUUAAGCUUUUGCCUGAUGAUUAACCCGGUGCUGGGAUUCUAGGAAGAUAUGCUCCUCUGUUCUGUUCAGUAUAUGGCAAUCACUUCAUCCACCACUGCAGUGCACCCACCCUUGGGCCCAGGGGGGAGGGCAUGGGUUGAAAAACUCAUCAAGAACACAGAAGUUUAGGAAGGGUUAUGAAGAAUACUGCAAGUGACACUGCAGAGAGAGGGUUAUACAGGCACAAAAUGAGUCAACAAAAGCAUUUAGUAGGAUACAUAACUUGAAAUUGACUCCUUUGGAAAUUGCCAUAGAACCUUUAAUGGACAUCAUCGGCUGGAACUGGGAUCUGAUGAAUCCCACAAAAAUCAGCACGUGCUACAGAACAGAUGCCCUGAUCACCAAGGACUUGGUACUGAUUUAGAGAGAAGAGAGCAGCUCCUAGCAGCAUCAACAUCUAUUUGUCGCUUAUUUGCCCUGCAGCACAUUCACCUGCCUUUCCUUCUCCCAUCCU